AUGGCUUAUGAAAAGGACACAACCCUCAGAAACUAUCACAUGGUCUUGUGCUGCAGCAAUCUGCUACAUCACGCUCUGAAGCAGGUGAAGGAUGACGUGGUCCGUCCGGUCCCAUGGUUAGAAUGGGGACCGGACUCUUCCAGAAUAUUUCUUCAGGAUCCUGUCUCGCCGUUGCCUGACCCAUCGUUGGUAGGGUAUAUCAGUGGAAAAAGGAUCGUCUCUGACUUCUUCUUGACGGCGCCGGAAGCAAGAGAUCAUGAGCGAUGCGCUGUCGUCGAGUUCGGGUACCAUCUCCUGCGAGAUGAGGAUUUUCCACGAAGUUUGGAAGCUUCCUACAAUCGUAAAGGCGACCGCCCUCCGGUCUUGGUCAAGGCAAAAUCCGAACCAGACAUCUUUCAUAUCGGAAAUGACAGUCCUUUCUCCAUCGCAUUCGAAGCUCGACUUCCGUAUCGUAGCAUCCUGUUGCUUGAGACUCCUUUUGACUUCAUUGAACCGGAGUACAAAAUCAGCGAGGACCAGUUAUUAGUGCUCGAAUUCGGGGGCCCAGUGAACUUGCCGUUCGAGAUGCUGGUAUUCUCGUUCUAG